GGCCCAAAAGACUUUGAAAACGCUAGCUAAAAUAUAGCAUUCCCUGUCCGGAAAGCUAAUGAUACGUAAAAUUCAUCCAUAAUAUUUCAAUGAAAUUUGAAAAUUUCAUAUAUUUUAAUUACUACUAUUGUCCCCUUCAUUUCCCACUAAAAAUCGAAUUUAACCUGACCAGGAAGGUUAGUUUGGUCAUUGUGCCUAGCUUUUCUUCCUAUCCUCUCCUUCACUCUCUUCAAAACCCUAGCCAGCUUCCUCACUGCUUACUGCUAAACUAUAUUGCUCUGUGUUGCAGAGGUUUUCAAUUUAUUAAACUUUUACUAAUUAUUUUUAACUCCUUUGAGCUCUCUGUCUCUCUCUCUCUGUGUGUGUGCGUGCGCUUAUUUAAUUUUCAUUUUUCUGUUUAUUCUUUCAAAACCCUAGUACACUCUUGGAGUUCUGAAGGCAAAAUGGGUGAAGUAAAAGACAACGACGCCUACGAGGAGGAGCUGCUCGACUACGAGGAAGAGGUCGAAAAUGCUCCAGAUUCCGUCUCUGCUAAGGCCGCAGCUGAAUCUGCUAAGAAGGGCUAUGUUGGAAUUCACAGUUCGGGAUUCAGAGACUUCCUAUUGAAGCCAGAGCUUCUACGAGCCAUUGUAGAUUCUGGAUUCGAACAUCCUUCAGAAGUGCAACAUGAGUGCAUCCCUCAAGCUAUAUUAGGAAUGGAUGUAAUCUGCCAAGCAAAAUCUGGGAUGGGGAAGACUGCUGUUUUUGUUUUAUCAACUUUGCAGCAGAUUGAGCCUGUUGCAGGACAAGUUGCUGCACUUGUUCUUUGCCAUACAAGAGAAUUAGCAUAUCAAAUAUGCCAUGAAUUUGAGAGGUUCAGCACAUAUUUGCCAGAUAUAAAGGUUGCUGUCUUCUAUGGUGGUGUCCAUAUCAAGGUUCACAAGGAUAUACUAAAAAAUGAAUUCCCCCAUAUUGUUGUUGGAACUCCUGGAAGAAUAUUGGCUCUAGUAAGAGACAAGGACCUUGGAUUGAAGAAUGUGAGGCAUUUUAUCCUAGACGAGUGUGAUAAGAUGCUUGAAUCACUUGAUAUGAGGAGAGAUGUUCAGGAGAUUUUCAAGAUGACUCCUCAUGAUAAGCAAGUAAUGAUGUUUUCAGCAACGCUUAGCAAGGAAAUUCGUCCUGUCUGCAAGAAAUUUAUGCAAGAUCCUAUGGAAAUUUAUGUCGAUGAUGAGGCCAAGUUGACUCUUCAUGGUCUUGUACAGCACUACAUUAAACUGACUGAGAUGGAGAAAAAUCGCAAGUUGAAUGACCUGCUUGAUGCCUUGGACUUCAAUCAAGUAGUCAUUUUUGUCAAGAGUGUUAACAGAGCAGCUGAGCUGAACAAAUUAUUGGCGGAAUGCAACUUCCCCUCAAUAUGCAUCCAUUCUGGAAUGUCUCAGGAAGAAAGGUUGACAAGGUACAAGGGUUUCAAGGAGGGGCAUAAGCGAAUUCUUGUGGCGACUGAUUUGGUUGGAAGAGGGAUUGAUAUUGAACGUGUUAACAUUGUUAUCAACUAUGAUAUGCCAGAUUCAGCUGAUACGUACCUGCACAGGGUGGGGAGAGCCGGUAGGUUUGGCACCAAGGGUCUUGCAAUUACAUUUGUCUCAUCUGCAUCCGACUCUGACGUUCUGAAUCAGGUCCAAGCAAGGUUUGAGGUGGACAUAAAGGAGCUCCCUGAGCAGAUUGAUACUUCCACAUACAUGCCAUCAUGAUGUACAUAUACAUUGAUGUGAUCAAGAGUGAUGGGGAAGUUUCAAAUAUUAAAAUAUGUGGGGAUGUAUCCUGACUGGAGGUAGUUGACGACUUCAAGUAUUGAGCUUCUUGCUAGUUAAGACUUGCAAUUAGUUGUUAGUACGUUUGAGUUUAUUUGUUUAUGUUGUCCUUGCAUGUUGUUGUAUUAUUCAUAUUCUGAUUAUUUGCUGGCCUAAAAUUUAUGCUCAGUAAUUCUUUCGAAAUCCUAAAUUGUAGAUGGCAUUUUAAUUGAGCAUCUGGAAAACGGAGAACACAUUUAUUUGGGUCUA